UGACAAGUACCGUACCGUAGAUUGAUCUCACCCAGGAGUAAGAUUGAUGUGGGGCUUUUGAUGGUGUAGAUCAGGCCGUCAUGUAUGCGCAUGACAGUCUGAUCAGGCCGCAUGUCUGAUCGUCAGGCCAUGUUUCCUUCAAACGCCGGAUUUCUCAGGUGAAGAACACAAUGUUUUCGAAGAACGCAUCGCGUGGCACAAUAUGCUAAACCUUCUUCCGAAAAAGAACUCUCGAGCUCUCAAGACCCUCCACGCCACCUGUCCAAACUGCAAUGCUUUCGCCUUCAGCAAAAGCUCGACUUGAAAAGCUUUCUUCGCCAAAAGCCUCAAUGCCAGCUGGAGUGUCUGUUUCCAGACUUGCAAAGCCUUGUUCGAUAGAGGCAGCAGCGGUUCCUUCGAUGCUUUUCUGCAAUGCCUUCGCCUUCGACAGAACAUAGGCUUGCAAAGACUUCUUCACCAGAGGCAGCAGUGCCCCCUUCGCUGCCACUGCACAGACUUGUCAGAAUUUUCACACGAAGACCAUGGUGAUGUUUGCUGCAGAUGCUCUUGACAAUGUGCCUGCCCGAGAAGCCGAACUUCAAGAAGACAAAGCAGGGGCAGUGGCAAGGACCGUUUGGUACAAGGAGGGCGCCAUAGCUUUGGGUACUGGCAUCCUCUACGGUGCAACAAAUGCGCUGGUGGGGCAUCCGAUGGAUACCAUCAAGGCAAAAAUGCAAGCGCAGGUCGGCUUCAUGACGGGGCAGGACAUGGGCAUGCUGGGCGUGUGCCGAAAGGUUUGGCAGACUGAGGGUGUUCGAGGAUUCUUCCGGGGCGUACUGCCACCCUUGAUGGGCAGCUCUGCCUACCGAUCUGCUCAGUUUGCUGUCUUCGAGGCUGUUUACACGCGGCAGAAGGAGUUGGGCUGGGAUGAGGUGACCAUCCCUGGUACUGGCGGCCUGGCCUUUGCAACGGUGCUGGCUGGCAUUUGUGGCUCCUCUACGAGGGCCGUGAUUGAGUCACCCAUCGAGUACGCGAAGGUGAAGCGUCAAACUGGGCAGAGCUGGCAAUUUCACGAGGUUUAUCAAGGCUUCUUCAUGCAGCUGCCACGCACCGUUGGAAUGAUGACCCUCAUUUUCUGCGGCGUGGAUAGUGUCCGACGCUGGAGCCACGGUGAAGCUCUGAAACAUCCGCACUGGCAGUUCUUGACCUGGGGUGGUGUGUCCAUGGUGAGCUUCUGGGUCAUUUGGCCAUUGGAGACGCUGAAGAAUCAGGUGCAAGCCGGAACUGCGAUUGAUGGAAAUGCCCAGCCAACGUUGAGGCAGCGCAUUGCACAUUUGGGUCCUCUAGGACUCUACAGAGGGAUCUUGCCUGGCUCCGUGAGCGUUUUCAUGCGCAACGGCACGGCUUCCAUCGUUAUGUCUUUGGCCCAGCGGAAGAUCUCUGAGUGGGGCCUGAGAUGA